CAACCACAGCACAUGCAUACUGGUAGCAGUGAAAAACAAUGGCGUCGCAUUUCAGCGGAGUGCUUCAGCUCACGGAUUUGGAUGAUUUUAUCACUCCGUCUCAGGAAUGUGUAAAGCCUGUAAAGGUGGAAAAGAAACAAGGCAGAUCUGUGGCUAAAAUCCAGAUAGAAGAUGAUGGCAGUUAUUUUCAGGUCCAUCAGGAUGGUCAAAAGCAAAAGUUGGAGAAAGCCAAGAUUACGCUGAACGACUGUCUAGCUUGCAGUGGCUGCAUCACGUCUGCAGAAAGUGUCCUUAUCACCCAACAGAGUCAUGAGGAACUGUUCCGUGUGCUACGUCAUAAUAAACAGGUUAGCAGUAGCGAGCAGAAGGUGGUGGUGGUGUCUGUAUCGCCCCAGUCAAGAGCUUCUCUAGCUGCACACUACGGUCUCAAAAGCAGCGAGGUGGCCCACAGACUCACCAGAUUCCUGAAAAAUGUGGGUGUCCAUCAUGUGUUUGAGACCGGCUUCAGUCGCUCUUUCAGCCUGUUAGAAAGCCAGAAGGAGUUUCUGGAGCGAUUCAAUCGGAAGGAAGUGGACAAGAAGGCCCUACCGAUGCUGGCGUCUGCCUGUCCAGGUUGGAUUUGCUAUGCUGAGAAGACUCAUGGUGAAUUCAUCCUCCCGUACAUCAGCACAACGCGCUCGCCCCAACAGAUCAUGGGUUCUCUAGUCAAGGGCUAUUUUGCCUCUCAGGAGGGUAUUUCACCACAGAAGAUCUACCAUGUGACUGUGAUGCCCUGCUAUGAUAAGAAACUAGAGGCUUCCAGACCAGACUUUUACCUUAGCGAGUACGAGACCAGAGAGGUGGACUGUGUUAUUACUUCAGGAGAAGUUCUGAAGAUGUUGGAGGAGGAGAAUGUGUCCUUGAGAGAUGUGGAGUUGGCACCUUUAGACACAAUGUUCAGUAAUGUCUGUGGGGAGGAGCUGCUGCGUCACGCAGGAAGUGGAUCUGGAGGAUACCUUCAUCACAUCUACAAACAUGCCGCAAAACAGCUGUUUGGGGUUGAAGUAGAUGAACUGACAUACAAGACAGUGAAAAACAAGGACUUCCAGGAAGUCAGUCUGGAGAAGGAUGGCCAAGUUCUGCUGCGUUUUGCUGCCGCCUACGGCUUCAGGAACAUUCAGAACUUGGUGCAAAAGCUGAAAAGAGGGAAGUCAACGUACCACUUUGUAGAAGUGAUGGCAUGUCCGUCAGGAUGUCUUAACGGUGGUGGUCAGCUCAAACCUUCAUCAGAUCAGUCCAACAAAGAGUUGCUGCAGCAGGUGGAGGAGCUUUACCACGGUGAACGUACCGCAGUGCCAGAGGAGGACUCGCGAGUGGCUGAACUCUAUCAGCGCUGGGUGGAGAGCGUGGGAGACGAGAAAGCCCGACAGUUACUGCACACACAAUACCACGCCGUAGAAAAAAACAACAGUGGCCUCAGUAUAAAGUGGUGAGGAGCUGCCCUGACACUGAACAACCAACUACAGUGUUCCUCUCUGUGUGCGUUCAUCAGACACUACAACAGCUUUACAUGUCAUUACAGUUGAAUGGACAGAUGAAGUAAUAUUUCCUGCAAAUAUGUGUCUAUUAGAUAUAUGCUAUUCAGAUUACAUGUCAAACCGGACUUUAUGUAUCUACUUGUCCAUGAAUGUUGCCUUGUUUUAUUUUCUCUCAUUUAUCCUCGAGUUUGUGUGUUUUUUUUUUUUUAAGCAUUCCUGUAAAUUCAUUGUUACUAUGUACUGUAGUAUGCACUGAAAACAGUUGUUUUUGAGAAUACAUUUUGAUUCAUGAUGACAAUAAAAAUGAUAACGUUUCCAUGUAUAAAAUAAUUCCAUGAAUGUAAUUAUAUUUAUUGAGGAAAUAAACUAUACAUAUAUUUUGCUCAAUACAUUUUUUUUAUCAGUCAUUUUUAUUCAGGGUGUUUUAAAUUACCCGAAAAAGCAACAACAAAAACAUUUUUAUUAAAAUUGGUCCUGCACAGUACACUAUUUUCAUUUGUGUUACAUUGUAUUUAAACCCGCAUUAUAAACGGGAUUUAUCAUGAUAAAGUUGAUCCAGGACUGUUUGCAGACUUCUGGGUGUUAUAAUAAUGCAACAGGAAUAGUAUUUUACAAUUAGUACUUAAUAUUGUUUCACAAAGCAGGUAAUAAACACUCAUUAAGAAAAUCUGUGUCGCUGCAUUUCUACAAAAACAAACCGCUGUAAACAUUUAUAUUAAAACUUUAUUCAGUUUGAAUGAUUAUAAUUAAAUAUUCUGUUACAUCUGACGACUAGUGCAAGAUUGGCUGAAAUAAGACUGCAGUGAAAAGCUAAAACAAGUAUGCAGUGUUCAAUAUUUUCUACAUUCAAAAUCAUUCAGAAACAUCAAAAUAAAUGCAGUUCAAUUUCUUAUGGACAUUAAAACACACCAAAUUAAAUUUAGCUGGAACACCUCGCUUUG